AUUGAAAGUCAAUGGGAUAACCAAAGCAGGAUUGUCGUCAUUGUCAAAAUCGCAGGGCCACAAUGAUUUCAUGAACUCAUAUUUGUAAUAUGUCAACUCUUCAACGAUUCCUGUGCCUCCUCUUCCUACUCCCUUCCUUAGUCUUGGGAGAUUGCACGUGCGAAAGCGACAAUGAAGAGCGUGACAAGCGCCAGGCUCUCCAAUAUAAACUUGCCGCUGUUGCUUCCAUACUCGUUGCCGGUGCAAUCGGAGUCUGUAUUCCGAUACUGGGAAAGACUAUUCCGGCUUUGCGUCCCGAAAAGGGCGUCUUUUUCAUGAUUAAGGCUUUCGCCGCCGGUGUGAUAUUAUCGACCGGCUUCAUCCACGUGCUUCCGGACGCUUUCGACAGCCUGACGUCGCCAUGUCUUGAUGAGAAUCCGUGGAGGAGAUUUCCGUUCGCGGGGUUCGUGGCGAUGACGUCGGCGAUUUUAACUUUGAUGGUUGAUUCAUUUGCGACGUCGUAUUACAGCAAAUCUGGCUUCAACAAGGGUCAAGGAGGGAUUGACGGCGAGGAGAAGGCCGUAGGGGAACAAGAGGGUGAUCAUCACAUGCACGUUCACAGUCAUGCAACUCAUGCUCAUGGCUCGUCUUCUGUUGUGGAGAACUCGGCUUCGUUGGACCUUCUUCGUCAUCGAGUCGUGUCGCAGGUUUUGGAAUUGGGAAUUGUGGUACAUUCAGUGAUAAUUGGAAUUUCUCUGGGUGCUUCACAAAGUCCAAAAACAUUAAGGCCUCUUGUAGCGGCAUUGACCUUUCAUCAAUUUUUUGAGGGCAUGGGACUUGGUGGAUGCAUCUCUCAGGCAAAAUUCAAGGGGGGAGCAACUGCAAUAAUGGUGCUAUUCUUCUCUCUUACAACCCCAGUUGGGAUUGCAAUCGGAAUAGGAAUAUCUAACGUCUACAACGAGAACAGCCCGACUGCGUUGAUUGUUGAAGGCAUUUUUAACGCAGCAUCAGCUGGGAUCUUAAUCUACAUGGCACUCGUGGAUCUUCUUGCCGCUGAUUUUAUGAACCCAAGGAUGCAAGCCAAUUUCCUGCUUCAAAUUGGGGCAAAUUUUUCUCUCCUUUUUGGUGCUGGUUGUAUGUCUCUCUUGGCCAAAUGGGCCUGAGCUUGAGCUUCUUUUUCUUUUUUUCUGCUUGAAUCCCCAGCCAGUGGCAUAAAUAAAUAGGUUAACUGAAAAUUUUUGUCAAUGAAAUUAUGAAACAUAUUGUUUAGUACUUG